AAAAAAAAAGAAAAAAGAAAUAACAAAUCAAUCUACAUGGUCGAACCGGCCAAUUGAAUCAAGCGCUGGCUUUGGAGAGCUGCUUAAAAAUGUCGGUUAUGUCCUUAACCGGUGAAUCAGCCUUGAUAGUACCGAUAUAAGGACUCUCCGAUGGAACGAUGUCGUCUCGAAGGUCUGUUGACCUGAGAAGAGCAUCAGAGCCCAAUGUCACGAGCCCCUUGACGAUCACAGUCUUGUGUGUGCCGGAGAUCAACUCCUCAUAGUCCGUAUCGCCGCGUUCUCCAACCACUACGUACAUAUUCGCCACGUUCAACCUCCACCGCACGAACAAGUACCUUCACCCCAUAAAUCAAAUCGCAAUUAUUAGAUUAACGCACCGGAGUAAAAAAGAUUUGACUCAAAAAGCUAUAGAAGAAGCUAAUCUAAUUUAUCAGAAAUGCCGUGCUUAUAUACGCAUGAUUGGAAUUUCACUGGUCUCGUAGGAGCCUUUCUGAAUCUCUCCAUAGCUUAUCUGCUUCUAUGUACAUCUCUUUGUAUACAUCUCUUGUUGAGAUUCCUAGGGUUUCUAGGUUUACCUCUUCCAAGAUUUCACAACGGACGUUUCUGCGAUGCAAACAUUAUGAGAAAAUGCCUUCAUGAAGGGCUUCUAGUGGAUUGUGCCUCAGAGAAAAUCUCAGCCGUAGACCGAUCUAUCAAAAGCAAGAUCCCUUUUGGUUCGAUCACUAGCGACGAUGAUUCGAACAAGUUUGUCGAGUUGAAGCUGGUGAGAAAGAACAGUGGUGAUGUAAGUAACGCUAGAGUUAAAGCUGAUGAAACAGAGGAUUUGUCAAGAGAAGAACAAAACGUGCAGAUGAAUAACAACAAGGAACUUGGUAGGUUUGAUCUGAUGACCGUUCAGGGUUUGAAAGGCAAGCGUUUUGUUACUCGAAGAUCAAGAAACAGUCUUAAAAACCAUAGGAGAGGUCGUGUGAGUUGUGCAAGUCUUACAUCGAUUUCUUCACCCGAAGCGCCUUUUGAUGAUCCCACCCUAAAAUCCCAUCUGACGACGAAGCCUUAUGAUGUCUUUCUCAGAGCUAAAGAUGAUGACCGCAAAGGUUUUAUUUCUCACUGGCCGAAAUUGGAAAAAACUGAGUCAAUUAAUGAACAGGUAAACUGCAAUGUUUCAUCAGCAGAACAAUCUUUUUUCAGAAACGCAGAGGAAAACUCUGUUAGGGUUUUGGAAGAAUCAUUGAAAGAAGAGCGAGCAGCUCGAGCAGCGGUUUGUGUUGAGCUCGACAAAGAGAGAAGCGCUGCAGCAUCAGCAGCGGAUGAAGCGAUGGCGAUGAUACAUAGGCUGCAAGACGAGAAGGCAGCUGUAGAAAUGGAAGCGAGGCAGUUCCAGAGAAUGGUUGAAGAGAAAUCGACUUUUGAUGCUGAAGAGAUGGUCAUACUCAAAGACAUUUUGAUACGGCGUGAGAGGGAAAAACAUUUCUUGGAGAAAGAAGUUGAAGCUUAUAGACAUCUACUCGUGGAGACAGAGGACGCAUUAGAAUGUUCUUUAACAAGAGAUAAUAAUCUUACAACUGCAAAGACGGUGAAACAGGAACAUAGACAACAUCAAGACUCUCAGGAGAGAAGAGCUUUGCUCGUUCAAGAACUCGAUGGAACGGUUCUUGAUAUGCCUUAUAGAGAAGAAGCUGAAAACAGAGAUAAAAACAGAGAUCUGUAUAAAUCAGAUUCAGAAGUCGCCUACUCACGUGUGCGUGAUGUUUAUAUGGUGAAGGACGAAACAGAGAACAUUAUUAAUAAGAAGAAGAAUCUUGAAGACUCCUCUGUUAGCAAACCUAAAGAAUCGUCGGAGGAAAACAGUACUAUGAUUGUCUCGGGUAUUGCUAGAAAGCUUCCUCCAUUAUGUCGUCCACGCAAGAAAUCGCUGAGCUCGUCGGGUUCAAGGAGAAAAUCAAUGUCUGCGGUUGAUUACGAGAGGUUAAAGAUUGAGAAUGAAGUGGAAUUGUUGAGAGAAAGAUUAAAGGCUGUUCAAGAGGAAAGAGCGGAGCUUACGAGACGAGCAUCUUUGCCUUCUUUAUCAUCAAAGGUAAGGGUUACGUCAGAGAAGCGAGGUAAUUGGAGAAGAUCUUCGAUGGAUCUUUAAACUAUAUGUUAUGUACGUAGAAGAAACUUCGAUAGGAUACAAGAUAGGUUAUCAGUUACGGGUUUACCGUUAACAGAAUUGGAGCCAUCUAAAUCGAGAAAAGCUUGGAUCGCAAGUCAACCCUUUGGGAAUGAAUUAAUUUUAUGCUUUUAGAAACUUUUUUGCGGUUUUUGUGUAUAGAAAAUACAAACGUGUAAAUAUGCGCUUGCUUUGUUUUAGUUCUUAAUUAUUUGAUUAUA